CGAGCGCUUUCGUACCUAUUGUACGAGUUCCUCUCUGCGGCACAAAAUUAUCGCAUCGCUCUCGUGGAUAUAAACAAUUCGUUCCCCCCGAUAAAACUUAAGAAUAAUUCAAUCAGUAACUCUGGCCUAGCGUAGAAGACGUGUGUGUGUUGUGCCGUAAAUAUUUACAAUAAGUGAAUUUAUUGACUGUGGAAUGAAUGAAUUAUCGAGGAGAGUGUGUUUCAUGUGCCAAUUUUAACACGGGAUUUAACAGUGGUCUGUUUUAUUUUUGAACAUUUAAUAGAUUUCAAUGCACCUGACAAGAAAAAUAUGUCUUCAGAAAAUGAAAGUUUUUAAAAGACAUCAUCACUAGUGUCAACCUGCUACCUCAAACAAGACUUACAUUUGAACACAAAAAUGGCUCAUCUUUUAGCACUAAGCAUAAUGCUUUUUGUCUCAACGACAACGUGCUCAGUGAUUUCCUCUUCACUAGACCAAGAUGGUAAAUGUGAAGAAAUCACCAUUCCAAUGUGUCUGGGUAUUGAAUACAACAUGACUAGAAUGCCCAACGAGCUCAAUCACGAAUCUCAAGAAGAAGCCGGCUUGGAGGUCCACCAAUUUUGGCCUCUAGUAGAAAUCAAAUGCUCUCCGGACUUGAAAUUCUUCUUGUGCUCAAUGUACGCCCCCAUAUGUUUAUCGGAGUACUCUAAACCUCUACCACCGUGCAGAGAUUUGUGUAGAAGAGCCCGAGAAGGCUGCGAACCGAUAAUGACCAAGUACGGGUUCCAGUGGCCCGAGCGCAUGGAGUGCGACCAAUUUCCCAAACAAGGCGGAGAAGUGCUUUGCAUGGAUCAGCCUACGCACAAUACCUCGUCGACUCCGAGACCUACGAAGACUAAGCCAAUUAAACCUUGCAGACCCGGUUCAAAAAACUGCGAAAAUCCCCAAGGAGGCAUCGGAAGAACAAAAGGAAACGCACCCAACGAGUGCAGGUGCCAUUGCCAACAACCACUAGUCUCCCUGGGGACCGAAAUCAGUCCGCCGCCGUUCAACCGAAACGUCGCCGGCGUCCCAAAUUGUGCGUUCCCGUGCAAGGAAACGUUCUUCAGUCCGGAGGAGAAGGAGUUCGCGUCGAUCUGGAUCAGUCUAUGGUCGGGACUUUGCGCCGCUUCUACGCUGAUGACACUUAUCACGUUUUUCAUCGAAACCGAACGCUUCAAAUACCCUGAAAGGCCAAUUGUUUUUCUAUCGGCUUGUUACUUUUUGGUAUCGGUAGGGUAUUUGAUACGAGUUGGAGUUGGACAUGAACAAGUGGCUUGUGAAGGAGCUAUAAUUCGUUAUACGAGUACUGGACCUAGUUUGUGUACGCUGGUGUUUUUGUUGGUUUACUUUUUCGGUAUGGCUUCGUCAAUUUGGUGGGUCAUACUGUCGCUUACUUGGUUUUUGGCAGCUGGACUUAAAUGGGGCAAUGAAGCUAUUGCUAGCUACGCUCAAUGUUUUCAUGUAGCUGCCUGGAUUAUUCCAACUUUACAAACUUUAGGAGUGUUGCUAAGUGGAGCUGUGGAUGGCGAUCCUGUAUCAGGAAUUUGUUAUGUUGGCAACAUGAAUACUGAAAACUUACAAACUUUCGUGCUGGGACCUUUGGUCAUCUACCUAAUCCUCGGUACGAGUUUUUUGAUGGCAGGAUUUGUCUCUUUAUUCAGGAUUAGGAAUGUUAUCAAGAAGCAAGGCGGUGCUGGAGCAGGCUCUAAAGCUGACAAAUUGGAAAAACUCAUGAUCAGAAUCGGAAUUUUUAGUGUUUUAUAUACAGUACCAGCAACAAUAGUGAUUGGUUGCCAUUUAUACGAAAACGCUUUCCAUAAUGAAUGGUUGAAAUCUCUAGCCUGUGCUUGUUUCAACUCACUCAAAGCCAAACCCCUAUAUUCAGUAUUGAUGCUCAAAUACUUUAUGGCUUUAGCUGUAGGAAUCACCAGCGGAGUCUGGAUUUGGUCUGGAAAGACUCUCGACUCCUGGCGACGAUUGUGGAAGAGAUUAUUCGGCCGACCUGAUUUAUCUGGAGCUAAUGCCGUUUUAAUUAAAAACCGUACAGGUAAACCACCGCCUCCUCAAUACUUAAUAGCCGGUCCAGGCAGUGCAUCGCUACUAGGACCUACUGGUAGCGUAGCAUCGGCUAGUCAGCACCAUUUGCACCACCACGUACUCAAACAGCCACCGUUAAGUCACGUAUGACAAGUAGGCGACGGGUCCACACCAGUAGUUAUCAACCAUACCAAUGCCCCAUCCACUGGGCAAUCGUUGAGCAACUACGGGCCCAUUUGAGUGAUCAGGCACGGACGAAAGUCCAGCACCGUCACAGCUCUCUAGUCGAUCAUAAUAGUGCCAUCGUGCGGACACUUAUUUUUUUGGUGCAGUCGAUGUUUUUGUACAGGACUUAUUUUGUUUUUAUUUAUUUAUUGACAAGGUGUGUUAACUCGAUUAUGAAUAGUUGCAUACUCAUGUGGCAGUUCUUUCUUUUUUUUUUGUGAUUUAUUUUUAAUUCGACUCAAUUCUUUUGUUGUUGUUGAAGUAAAUGUGAUUGUAAGCAGGUCUCGGUUUGUGACAAAAUCUUCUAAUCACAAACAUCUUGUUGUCACGUACCAAGCCCUGUAAACAUUUUGUCGCCUAUGUUAGGAUAGAUGUAAUUUGUAUUGUAAAUAGAAAAGAUUCUUAUGUCGAGCUGGUUUGAGUUAUGAAAGGUACUAGAACAACAAUGAAUGAAUAUUGUCUAUUGACAAUAGAUUGUUGCACUAGUAGCUUUUGGACUUAGAAAAAGGAACUGAAAAUAAGAUAAAUGUAUCCAACUUUUUUAAAAUGUCUAAUAAGUGUUAAUUCCAUACACUCUCAAAGUAUGUCAAGUGAUGAGCAUAUACGUAAUUAAACUGUAAGUUGUAUAUUUUUCUGUUGUGAGAGGGGCGAAUUUUGAUUUAGACUAGACAAGAUCUACUAGAAAUCAACAUUUGCAAAUUGACGGCAUCCAAAUUUCUUCAGUAUGGGGGACCAUCAGAAAUUUAAAUAUACCUAGAAAAAGAGGAUGCCAAAAAAAAAAUGUAUGUCCAGUGAUAAUAGAAAUAUAUUUAGUAAUAGAAAAGUAUGUUUUUAUAAAAAAAAAUGUAAUCACAAUACAUUUUUCUGUACUUAUAAAGCCGCAUAGCUGCCAACUUUAUAAUCUCUUGUGAGGGAUGAUCCAAAAAAAGAAUUACACGUUUGCACUAUAAGGGCUAUUGGAAAUAUUAAUUUUUUUGGGUCCUUCCUAUAAUCUGUAUAUAAUACAAUGUGUAAGAACACAAUUUAAAAACAAAAAGAUAUUGAUAGUGUGUAAGGACAUAUCAGAGCAAAAGUUUUUUCAUAGUUGGGUAUUAUAUCUAGCCUACAACAGAGAAAAUUGAGUAUAUAUUAUCCUCUCAGAUCUCUAUAAUGUUUCCGCCCUCUAUAAUUUCGUUUUAUGAAAUAGAAAACUGCAAAUUGAAAAGCACAAAGAAUUUUUGUAUAUUUUUAUAAAUAAUUAUUAUAACUUGUACAGUUUUUUUUUGUAUCCCCCAAAAACGUGUGUAUAGUAGAUUUUAGCCGAAACUUAUUAAAUGUAAUAUGUACUGUACUUGUAUGUAUGCUUCAAAACCGUAUACGAUUUCAUUAAAUAUUUUACUGUUUAAAACAA